AUGAGCAGUAUCCAACCCGGAUCGCGGUCCAAAGUCAAAUCCUCUGUCCAGAGAGGUCUGCGCGCCAAAUUCAUUGAGACCUAUCCAGGUUUCGAGCCGUAUAUUGAGGAAAUAAUCCCCAAGAAAGCUUCUCUGGAAGCCGUGAAACUGCCAGAUCGCGCAACGCUGUAUACGAUUGAUUCAAACCCGCUCUUUUUCCAACCGUUUGACGGCCCUCCCAUUCCUCACCUUAAGCUCGUUCACUCCUUCCCGGAUGCGAUUCCUACAAUCGGUAUUGAUCGAGGUGCGAUCCGGUUUGUCCUGUCGGGCGCUGCGUUAAUGGUUCCUGGCUUGACGUCUGCUGGAGGCUCGCUACCAGACAAAGAGAAUGCUUUGGAUGAUGGAGAUGUGGUUGCUGUGACAGCCGAAGGAAAGGAAGAGGUCUGUUUGGUGGGACAGUUGAAGAUGGGCACCGAGGAGAUGAAGACAAAGAAUAAGGGAAUCGCUAUAGAUGAAGGGCAUUAUCUGGGUGAUGGUCUAUGGGAUAUUCUGAGUUAA